GCAGCAAAGGAAGGCGUUAAAGCAGCCGGAGAAGGAGUCGCCAAUGUUGCCGUAGGUGCCUAUAAUACGACAAAGCACGGCGUUGAGGCAGUCGGAGUUGGUGUCGCAAAAACAGCAUCCGGUGCAUAUGGCGCUGCUAAAGAAGGUGCCGCUGCUGUUGGUGAAGUUGUCAGUGAGUUCUUUCGUUUUUGA